UGCCCAUGGCCCCGCCCCACAGCCCUGGACACAGGGUAAACGGCCUAGAUAGAGCCUCUGCUCAAAGGGAACAGAGACUGCCUGUGUUCCCACGGCUAUGGCCAGCACCUUCCUGCCCUGGCUGAAUUCUCAGAAUCCUCAUUAUAUCCCCGGGUACACUGGACACUGCCCACGGCUUCGGUUCGGCAUGGGCCAGACCUACGGGCAGAUGACGGGUCAGCUACUCCGGGGAGCUCCUGGCAUAGCCUGGCCGCCGGCCCAUCGCACACUGCUGCCUCCCAUUCGGCCUCCGCGGUCUCCCGAGGUUCCCCGUGGGAGCCCGCCUGACAGGUGGGGGCACAAAAGGCUCGGUUCCAGCAUGAUCCCUGGCUACACAGGUUUUAUCCCCAAGGCUCAGUUCAUCUUCGCCAAGAACUGCACCCGGGUCUGGGCGGAGGCUCUGAACGAGCGGACUCAGAGGCGCGGGGAACGAGGGAGUCCGGACCUGUCCCAGCAGGCCAAGGCGGGAGAUGUGGAGGAAGACCGAGAACCAGAGCCAAAGCCGGAGCCAGAGCUGGGGGCGCAGGGGGCAGAGCUGGGGCAGGAGGCAGGACAGGCUUCCCCCUAUUCGAUGGACGACGGAGACCCUCACAAGUUCUUCAUGUCAGGUUUCACGGGCUACGUGCCCCGCGCCCGCUUCCUCUUCGGCUCCGGCUUCCCUGUGCUCAGCAGCCAGGCCCUGCAGGAGUUCGGACGGAUGUGCUCAGAGGGCAAAUCCCAGAAGGGGCUCGAACCUCUCCCCCAACUUUCAAGGAUCUACCCUCAGAACCUGGGUCUCUUACCGAACUAUGGGGGCUAUGUGCCAGGAUACAAGUUCCAGUUUGGCCGCACGUAUGGGCAUCUCACCCACGAUGCCCUGGGUCUCAGCACCUUCCAGAAGCAGCUCGUGGCGUAGGCCCCUGGGCUUCACGUUCUUGCUCCCUGUUCGUGUACCCCAGCCACGCUUUUGGAAGAAAGAGAGGUUGGGCUGGAGGCCAAGCACCUUUUUUAUUAAUAGGCGUAAUAAAUAAAUAAAUAAAUACAUAAACAGAA